CACGCAAAUCCACAGCCCACUCUGAGCAGGACCUCAGAGCUGGAUGCUUCGCAGCCUACCAGCUGCGGGCCCUGCUAGCCCUCCCUCUCCUCCAGGGCUGGGUUUUUCCAGCCAGAGCCUCGCUCCCUCUGCUGCAAUCUCUGGAAAUUGGUGUCUGACGAGAGGCUGCUCCUGCCUAUUAUUUAUUUAUUUCUUCUUUUCUUCCCGCUGAGACCCUCCUGUCAGAAGGAGAGCUGCAGUCCGGAGACAGAGAGAGGCAGAAGCUACAGAGAGAGAGAGAGAGAGAGAGAGAGAGAGAGAGAGAGAGAGCUGGGAGCAAAGAGGAGGUGGAAAGAGACUCCCGGACACCCUUGUCUGCUCACCCUAGAGAAUCAUGAGCACUGGGCAAGAGGCCAAGAGAGAAGAGGGAGAUUCCAGGAGAGGCCAGGAAGCCUUGCUCCGGGACCGAGCCCACCUGAGCCAGCAGCGCCGGCUCAAACAGGCCACCCAGUUCUUGCACAAGGACUCGGCUGACCUGCUACCCCUGGACAGCCUCAAGAGGCUCGGCACCUCCAAGGACCUGCAGCCACACAGCGUGAUCCAAAGGCGCCUGGUGGAAGGAAACCAGAGGCAGCUUCAGGGGGAGUCUCCCCUGGUACAGGCCCUGGUCCGUGGCCAUGGCAGCAGCAGGACCAGUGUGACACAGGUUCCAGCUCUUCUUGUCAACUGCAAGUGUCAGGACCAGAUGCUUCAAGUGGCCGUGGACACGGGGACCCAGCACAAUCAGAUAUCUGCUGGAUGCCUCAGGCGCCUGGGGUUAGGGGAGAGGGUUCCAAAAUCCCCUGGUGGGGAUCUGGCACCUGGGCUUCCAAGUCAGGUGGAACAGCUGGAACUGGAGCUGGGGCAGGAGACUGUGGCAUGCUCGGCCCAGGUGGUGGAUGUGGACAGCCCUGAAUUUUGCCUGGGACUGCAGACUCUGCUUUCCCUCAAGUGCUGCAUUGACCUGGACCGUGGAGUGCUUCGGCUGAAAGCCCCCUUCUCGGAGCUGCCCUUCCUGCCUGUGUACCAGGAGCCUGGCCAGUGACCACUGUCUCAGCCGGUCCCUAGGGCGACACCGUGCCUUAGGGGAAGAGUGGUGUGGAGUGGGUAUCUGCCUGAGCAGGGCAUCUGGAGGCCACUGCAUUAAUCUCUUCUCACCACCCUGACCCUGCACUGGGCCACCUCCCUCUCUGCCUCUCCAUAGCUGCCCCAGGAGCUUCUACUGAGCCUAUCUGUGACUCAAGGUCCUGGCUUCCCCAUUUUCUCUCUUAUCCAUGCCCAAGAGCAUAGCCAAGUCAGUAAUAGAAAGAGACCUACAUAAAACGGGC